UCAAGUAUUCAAGUGGCGGCUGUCCACUUGUUAUGAUGUGAUUAAAGUAUCGCGGGUCAAGAUAUCGUUUGUCAACAAACUAAUAUAAGAAUUAUGGUUAAAUAAUAGUGUUAGUAACAAUGCUGAACGCUUUCUUAAUAAGUUUUAUUUUAUUCUCCAUUCAAAUUACAAGUUUAAAAUGUGAAGUUAAAAGAAUCGAUCUCGCGUCGAAACGUGUUAAUUGGACCCUGAGCAAUAAUAAAACGCAGGUAUCUGCCAAAGUCCCUGGUGGGGUGUACUCCGACUUGCAGAGGGCUGGUAUCAUCGGCGAUAUACUAUCCGGCUUCAAUGAUGUCCAGACGCGUUGGGUGGCGUAUGAUACAUGGACGUAUAAGGCAGAUUUCCAAGUUUCCGAAAAAGAUGUCCGAUUUCCAGUGGCUAAUUUGGUGUUCGAAGGAGUUGAUACAAUUGCGUUUGUUGAGCUGAAUGAUGUUCCCAUCGGGACCACACAAAAUAUGUUCGUUAGAUAUGUUUUUGACGUUAAAGAACACAUAAAGAUCGGUUUGAACGAAUUAAAAGUGACAUUUGAAUCUCCUGUAUACGCAGCUGAGAAUCGUUCCGCGAAACACUUCACAGCGCCCGCCUGCGUGCCUGACGAAUACAAUGGUGAAUGUCACGCGAAUCAGCUUCGAAAGAUGCAGGCUUCGUUCAGCUGGGACUGGGGACCAGCGUUCCCAUCAGUUGGACUAUGGAAGCCAGUAUAUAUAGAACUUUACGACACAGCUAUAAUACGUUCUCUAACAACGCAUACAGAACAAAACGAUCAGCAUUGGUACUUGAAAAUACUCGCUCAUUUGGAGUCAGGGAUCAGAUCCAAGCGUAUAGAAGGAUACAUCAGUGCGGAGCUAUUCGUGGAAGGACAUCAGUCUUUGAAAGUUGCCAGAGAAAUCGCCAUAGUGACAAGACAUGAUGGAACUGCCGAAGUUGAAUUAAACAUGACUGUACAUAGUAACGUUGUCAGUCUUUGGUGGCCCAAUGGUUUUGGUGAUCAACCAUUGUAUGAUCUCAGAGUUUCUUUAACCACCUUUAAGAAUGGCAAUGAAGUUAGUAACAAACAUAUUAGAAUCGGUUUCCGAUCAUUGGAGCUAAUUGAAGAAGAUGCUUCAAAAAUUUUGGGCAACACAACGGCUGGGAAAGGGCUCACGUUUUAUUUCAAAGUUAACGGUUAUCCAAUAUUUAUGAAAGGAUCUAAUUGGAUACCUGCAAAUAUUCUUCCAGAAAUUGGAUACGACAAAAGUACAGUGGACGAAUUAUUAACAGCCGCUCGCGUCACUCACAUGGCAAUGCUACGGGUUUGGGGAGGAGGUGUCUACGAAUCCGAUUACUUCUAUGAACGGUGUGAUCAAUUGGGUAUCUUAAUUUGGCAGGAUUUCCUCUUCGCGUGUUCAAUGUAUCCUACAGAUCCUAAAUAUCUUGAUAACGUGAAGGUUGAAAUCGAACAAACAGUUAUCCGUCUCCAACACCAUCCGUCCAUUGCCGUCUGGGCCGGCAAUAAUGAAAAUGAAGUUGCUCUCAGAGGCAACUGGUACAAUACUCUAUCACAAUUCAAUAAAUACAGAGACGAGUAUAUAAAAUUAUAUGUUAAUACCAUAAAGCCUAUAGUCGAGAUCUGGGAUCCUAGUAGACGUUAUCUCGUUUCAAGUCCAUCAAAUGGUUUAGAAUCUGAACAAGAAGGGUAUAUAGCAAAGAACCCAUAUGACUCUAACUACGGUGAUACUCAUUACUAUAAUUAUUUAUCUGAUAAUUGGGACAAAAAUAUAUACCCAGAUACUCGUUUCGCUUCCGAAUAUGGCUUUCAAUCUCUCCCUUCUUUAAAAACAAUGGCAACUGCAACAAAAAAUAUAGAAGAUUACCAUGUGAACAGUUCUUAUUCCAAACAUAGACAGCACAGUCCUAACGGUUAUGAUUUUAUAACUGAUCAAAUGAAUAGGCAUUUGAAAUUGGAUGUAAACGACCCGAAACAUUUUGAAAAAUUCGUCUAUUACAGUCAGAUAUCCCAAGCAAUGUCAAUUAAAGCAGAGACUGAAUUCUAUAGACAAAGUCAAGCAGAUUGGUACACGAUGGGCGCUCUAUAUUGGCAACUAAAUGACGUCUGGCAAGCGCCCUCCUGGUCAAGUAUAGAAUACGGCGGCAAAUGGAAAAUGCUUCAUUACUUCGCUAAAUCAUUCUUCGCACCAGUGUUGGUAUCACCACGCCUACUACUUACAGAUGUUGUGGACGUGUAUGCCAUUAAUGACAGGCUUGUACCGAUAAUUGAUGGUAAAAUAACCGUCGAUUACUUCAAUUGGAACAGUUUGACACCAUUCAAGUCCCAAGACUUUGCCACUAAUGUGGAAUUACUAAACGCUAAGAAAGUAGUGUCAAUAGGAUUGAAAAAUUACAAUAAGGAUGAAAUCUUCUUGAGAUUUUCAUUGCACAUGGAAGGUGUAACAAUGUCACCUUAUAAUUUUGUGUUUCCUAAACCGUUAAAAGAUAUUAAAGGUCUAAUGCAACCUAACAUAAAGGUGACGGUUUCAAAGAGUUUUUACAGAAGUAAAUUGAAGGACACAUUUAAAUACGUCGUUAAUAUUGAAGUGGACACUGUUGUGCUUUUCCUUUGGCUGGAG